AUGACCCAGGAAGAACAGGUGAUUUACAACUUCAUCGAGGAGGUGAUGAAACGCCGGUUCCUGCAGGCUGAAGAAGACCUGAAGGAGGCGGGCACGACUGGCAGCAUGCGCUACCUCGCCCAGUAUCACGUUCUCCUCAUAAGACUGCGACAAGCUGUGGAACACCCCUUACUCCUAGACCCAUGCAUCAAAGGGCUCAGCGCAUCCGAGAUUCGUGAACUAAAAGAGAAGCUCUCCAGUAUCGAAGACCGGACGCCGGUAUAUGAGCAAAUCAAAGGCUGGUGCGAGACAUCGCCUGGGGUGGAGGCAGGUCCCCGCGAAGCCCCCUUGUUUGGGGACAUCUUCGAAAUCGGACUGCAACUGGACAGUGCGAUCUCAGCGGUGAGCUGCUGUCGAUGCUCUGGAACUACAGAUCUUCGCACGCUCAGCUGCGAACAUGGCAUCUGUGAGAGCUGCAUUGACCGCCUCGUCAAACAAGGUACUCAGGCCGUCAAAAUAGAGACAUCAUGUGCGACUUGCACGACUUUCAUGGCGCGUGCUCAGAGACGCUUCGACGACAUCAAUGCCGGUGUUGAUCUAGAAUCCGCUGUCGAUGAGCUCGGAUCAGAGUCUGCCGAUGAAGAUUCGGCAUCGGGCGUGACCAAGAAGCCUGGGUAUGAUGCCAACGGCAUCCAGCCAAAGAGCAAAGUUCGCAAGGACGGACGGGCUUGGAGUGCAGAUCUGACUGUCAUGCAAAACGGUAGAACAGUAUCCAGUGCCAAGGUUGCGGCCGCGAUGAGUGUUUUGACAAACACGCAAACCGAUGCGCCUGACGACAAGACCAUUGUCUUCGGCAUGUUCCUCGGAACGGCUCACAUCAUGGCGCAGAUGCUUGACGCUGAAGGCAUCGAGUAUCUGUACUAUUGGGGAAGUAUGAGCAAGGAGGCCAGAGCCAAAGCCUUGAAGGACUUCCACGAGAAACCUGGCAUUAAAGUGCUCCUAGUGAGCAUGAAAGCCGGCAGCCUCGGACUCAACCUCACUAUCGCCAACCGAGCGAAUAUCAUGACUCUCUGGUGGAACGUUGCUACCGAACUGCAAGCAUGGAGCCGCGUGAAGCGCCACUUACAAACGAAGGAGACUUACUUGACUAGCAUCGUCGUCCGAGGCAGCGUAGAUGAACGACUGCUAGAGCUGCAAGCCAAGAAAUUCGCGGAAACUAAGGAUCCGCUGGAUGCUGGCAGGAGCCAGAAGCUUCUUUCCCCGGAGGAACGACUUUACCUCUUCGGCUUCGAGGACAAGGCGAACAAACCGAGCAAAGAAUCCGAUGAGACCGAUUCCGACAACGCAUCCGAAUCGGAUGCUUGA